CACACGCCGAUCUUAAUUUCAUUCGUGCCUUCGUCUAGCUCUAGCUCUAGCUAGCCAUGGGGGGCGGCCACUCCCACCUCGUCCACCCCGGCCACGGCGCCCUCAGGCGCGCGGCGUGCGGCUCCGCCGGGGCGGCGUGCGGCCUCUGCGGCGGCCGCGUCAGGAUGGGCGAGAUGGCCUACCGCUGCGCCGCCGCCGAGUGCACGGCCUUCUUCCUCCACGACGCCUGCUACCGCUACCCGGAGAGGAUCAAGGCCAAGGGCCACUUCUCGGCCGGCCACAGCCUCGCCCUCACCGCCCGCGCCGACGUCGCCGGCGGCGCCUGCACGGUGUGCGCCAUGACGCUCGACGGCUUCUCCCACGUGUACACCUGCAGCAAGUCCAGGCACCUCGCCUGCGGCCGCGGCGGCUUCCGCGCGCACCCGCGCUGCGGCAACCUCCCGCCCCAAGCCGGCGCGCCGUCGCACCAGCACCAGCUCUUCCUGCGCGCGCCCGACGGCGGCGGCGGCGUUCGCAGAUGCGUCGAGUGCAACGCCGUCGCCGGCGGCGGCGGCGGCGGCGGCAGGCAGGUGGUGCGGGCGUGGUCGUACCAGUGCCAGACGUGCCCGGACAGCGAGCUCUGCCUCGCCUGCGCGCUCGGUCGCGACGGCGUCCCGCCGUGCUGCUGCUGUGGCCAAUGCGUGUGCGGCGGCGGCUGCUUCGUCGGCUGCGCCGGGUUGGCGGGCAACGCCAUGGGACACUUCAUCCAUGAGCUCUUCCGUGGAUGCACUGGACUUAGUUUCAAGUCGGCGAUGGGCACUGCAAGACCACCAGCUUGAAUUAAUACGUAUUCAUCAUCUCUUAAUUGCUCUUCUUCUUGUGCCGUGCAAAUAAUGUAUAAGAGAUUUUUGCUUCGAUCUAGCAAAAAGUAUCUCGAUGUAUCGAUACUAAAUCAUUUCUGAUCGUUGGAUCUAACUAGGCGGGAUGGAUGUUAGAUCCAACGAUCGGAAACGAUUUAGUACCGUGAGAUGCCGGUAGCUUGAGAUAUUUUUGUUUUUUAUCAGAGUAAAUCUCAAUGUAUAAUCCCCCGAAAAAGAAAAUGUAUAAUCAGACUCUACAAAGCCUUACAAGGGGA